AUGGCAUCAUAUCUCAAUGGUGGAGCUACGGCAAAUGGAGCAUCUGCUGAAAUACAACUGGUUACGAUAUCUGCCGCAGGUCUUUUGAAAGGUGAAAAGCAGACCCAAAAUGACCUCUUCGACGCCUGUAAAUCCCUCGGGUUCUUCUACCUGGAUUGCCGUGAUCACCCGUCCAAAUCUACCACAAGUCUGGUAGACAGAAUCUCAGCCAUGGCACUUGAUUUCUAUGAUCUUCCUCUACCUUCAAAAGAAUAUUGGGCUGAACUGUCUUUCGAUGAGGUCAAAAGUCGACCAUUUACGUAUAAACCAGCUGGUAAGCAGGAAGGUUCUGUGAAGGGCAAAAAGGAUGGAUGGGAAGGGUUGAUAAUUAUGGAGACCCCGGUGGCUCAGCUUUCUCCAAGCUCACCCAUGCCAGUACCAAAAGUCCUUCAAGAUUCCGUGGGUCUUAUUCUGGAGACACAGGGACAUCUCGGCGAGCUCAGUCGGGCAAUUGUCGAGACCUUGUCUCGUUCACUCGGGAUGACCGACAAUGAGAGCCUAACUCGUUAUCAUCCUAUGGAUAUAUCUGCUCCAACUGAUCUCGAGAUCUUGAAGUAUCUUCCAUACACUCCUGGGUCUGAAAAAGUUGGGCACAUUCCUCAUACAGACCUGGGAAGCAUUUCUAUGGUUUUUGCCGAGGUUGGUGGCUUGCAGGUCUUUCACCCCAUCAAAGAGGAGUGGAUGUUUGUCCCACCAAAGCCGGGUCAUGCAGUAUGCAAUAUUGGAGAUUCUAUGGAGUUCUUUUCAGGGAAUGUGCUGCGAUCAUCAUUGCAUCGGGUUAUCCCAUACAAACAAGAUUCGGGGGAAAUCAGACUAUCCGUCAUCCACUUCUUGCGUCCGAGUGAGGUCGCAGAAUUUGUCGGUGCGGAUGGACGUCAAUGGAAAGUCGCUGACUGGAAUACGAUGAAGCACAAACAGUUCUAUGAGCGUCAACAUCGUCUGGAUGUUGUGACUCGUCGGGAAGGACAGAACGACUUUUGGCAAGGAUAA